GGGAGGGGGAAAGUUGCCGGGAGCGGCGAGGGGCGAGCGCGGCGGCAGGACCAUGGGCACUUUGCGGGAUUUACAGUACGCGCUGCAGGAGAAGAUCGAGGAGCUGCGGCAGCGGGAUGCGCUCAUCGACGAGCUGGAGCUGGAGUUGGACCAGAAGGACGAACUGAUCCAGAAGCUGCAGAACGAGCUGGACAAGUACCGCUCGGUGAUCCGGCCCGCCACGCAGCAGGCGCAGCAGCAGAGCGCCGGCACCUUGCAGGGCGAGCAGCGGACCAAGCGCCAGGCGAUCUCGGCCGAGCCCACCGCCUUCGACAUCCAGGAUCUGAGCCACGUCACCCUCCCCUUCUACCCCAAGAGCCCGCAGUCCAAGGAGCUGAUAAAGGAAGCAAUCCUUGACAAUGACUUCAUGAAGAAUCUGGAGCUGUCCCAGAUCCAGGAGAUUGUGGAUUGUAUGUACCCCGUGGAGUAUGGCAAAGACAGCUGCAUCAUCAAGGAGGGAGAUGUGGGUUCCCUGGUGUACGUCAUGGAAGAUGGGAAGGUUGAAGUGACAAAGGAAGGAGUGAAGCUGUGCACCAUGGGGCCUGGCAAGGUUUUUGGGGAGCUGGCCAUCCUCUACAACUGCACCCGGACCGCUACUGUCAAAACUCUCGUAAAUGUGAAACUUUGGGCUAUUGAUCGGCAAUGUUUUCAAACAAUAAUGAUGAGGACUGGCCUCAUCAAGCAUACUGAGUAUAUGGAAUUUUUAAAAAGCGUUCCCACAUUCCAGAGCCUUCCCGAGGAGAUACUCAGUAAGCUUGCAGAUGUCCUUGAAGAGACACACUAUGAAAGUGGAGAGUACAUCAUCAGACAAGGAGCUCGAGGGGACACCUUCUUCAUCAUCAGCAAAGGGAAGGUGAACGUCACUCGGGAAGACUCCCCCAGUGAAGAUCCCGUCUUCCUCCGCACCCUGGGGAAGGGAGAUUGGUUUGGAGAGAAAGCCCUUCAAGGGGAGGACGUCAGAACAGCCAACGUCAUUGCGGCUGAAGCGGUGACGUGUCUGGUCAUAGACAGAGACUCCUUCAAGCAUCUCAUCGGGGGCCUGGAUGACGUUUCCAACAAAGCUUAUGAAGAUGCAGAAGCAAAAGCAAAAUACGAAGCCGAAGCUGCCUUCUUUGCCAACCUGAAACUGGCCGACUUCAACAUCAUCGACACCCUGGGAGUCGGAGGCUUCGGCCGAGUGGAGCUGGUCCAGCUGAAGAGUGAGGAGUCCAAGACGUUCGCCAUGAAGAUCCUGAAGAAGCGUCACAUCGUGGACACGCGGCAGCAGGAGCACAUCCGCUCCGAGAAGCAGAUCAUGCAGAGCGCCCACUCCGACUUCAUCGUCAGGCUCUACAGGACGUUCAAGGACAGCAAGUACCUGUAUAUGUUGAUGGAAGCCUGUCUGGGGGGAGAGCUCUGGACAAUUCUCAGGGACCGAGGUUCGUUUGAGGACUCCACGACCAGGUUUUACACGGCGUGUGUGGUGGAAGCUUUUGCCUAUUUGCAUUCCAAAGGGAUCAUUUACAGGGACCUCAAGCCAGAAAACCUCAUUCUGGAUCACCGAGGUUAUGCCAAACUGGUCGAUUUUGGCUUUGCAAAGAAAAUAGGAUUUGGAAAGAAAACAUGGACUUUUUGUGGCACCCCGGAGUACGUGGCCCCCGAGAUCAUCCUGAACAAAGGUCAUGACAUUUCAGCAGACUACUGGUCACUGGGAAUCCUAAUGUAUGAGCUCCUGACUGGCAGUCCCCCUUUCUCAGGCCCAGACCCCAUGAAGACCUAUAACAUCAUAUUAAGGGGAAUAGACAUGAUUGAAUUUCCAAAGAAGAUUGCCAAAAAUGCUGCUAAUUUAAUUAAAAAACUAUGCAGGGACAAUCCAUCAGAAAGAUUAGGGAACUUGAAAAACGGCGUGAAAGAUAUCCAAAAGCACAAAUGGUUCGAAGGCUUUAACUGGGAAGGGUUACGGAAAGGGACACUGACUCCUCCCAUAAUACCAAGUGUCGCAUCUCCAACGGACACGAGCAACUUCGACAGCUUCCCGGAGGACAGUGACGAGCCACCCCCUGACGACAACUCAGGAUGGGACAUAGAUUUUUAAAUGUCUUUCUCUUACCUGCUUCUGCCUUGCUGAGGACAGCUUUCCUGGGACGUGGCUGCCAGCGAAACCAAGAGAACGGAACUGGGGAGGAUUCGUGCUCGGGGUCACCAUGAUGCCUUGAAUGAUGCUGCUACAGGAACUCCAGUGGCAUUAGGACUUACUGCUUAGAUGACAAUAGUGCUCUUCAUGUUUUCUGUUCGAACACAACCUGGGGGUUGACAUGGUGGUCCUGACACAGAGCCUUUCACCGGUAGAGAAACAUGUUUUCUGUCACUGCGGAGGUCUUGCUACGCUCUUAAUUAUCAAGGUCAGGAGAUACAUUGUGUAAGACACACCCAAUUGUAGCUGCGAGGUACUGGCUUUAUCAGUAGGAUCAGUAGUAAUUUAUUCAGUGCUGUAGCCAAAUACAGUGCAGGAUUUGGGCUAUUCCCACCCUCACAGCUCCGUAGGGCUCCCUCCCAGUGUCGGAGCGGAGGAGGCCACGGCGGGCCCAGCCAAAGAGUUCAUGUCAAAGCAGUGGUGAAAUGUGUCCUUCUCCUUUCUGAGCAGAACCACGACAAGACUGAAUGUUACCUUUCCUCUUUGAUUUGGAGAGUUUUUUUUUUGUUGAGCCUGGUAGAACAAAAGCACAACUGCUCGAGAUCCUGUGAAGGCAGAUAUGGGUCAUUUCUCUCACGCUGCAACACCACCUUUGGGGUUUGUUUUUUCCUUUCCCUUGGUGCAAAUACAUCCCUGCAUGAAAACAAAAAUCACGAAACUAAUCCGUUUGACAUAUAAAACAGUGCUUGGAUCACGGUCCUGUAACAAGGCGACAGCAGCCCACUGGCCUUGUCCAUUUAGGCAUAAAAUUAAGCUCGACUUUGACCUCUUUAGAACCCAAAGGGAAAACAUAAGACCUGUAAUGUCCUUUUUAGGUGCUAUGUCCAUCCCUCACCUGGUCACUCAACCACCUUUUGAGAGAUAUGUAGCAAGAGGCUUCGUUCUCCGUCGCUCUUGGAUGAUCCCACGUCUCCAUGUCUCCAUCUCCUCCGUGUUUAGUACAGAGCUCAUUAAAAGCCAAGUACUGGGCCAGUUUGCUGGCUCUGGUGUAAUACUGCCUGUAAAAAUGGAAUCCUGAUGCCUCUCCAGGCUAAGGAAAGUCCAUGGAAUUAAAUGGAAAGGCGAUAUUGGAUGUAUUUGUGCAAGGUCUCCAUGUCGCCGGCGCGAGUUCCCCGAUGAUCAUGUUUAGGGCACUGUAACGGCCACAACCAUCAUGUGGAAAAACAGCCUGGGGAAAACAGUAUCAGGAUAUGCUUUUCCCUGACUUCCACUGCUUUUCCUUUGCUUGAAUACAGUCUCCUCUGAUUUAUAGGCCGUAAUUCUGUCCUGGAUGCCCGUCUGUUGACUUCAACUAUCCCGUUAUCCAACAAAACCCAUCAGGUUUUGGUCUCUCUAGGACCGAAAAAAAUCAUGGUAUCAUAGAAUAAUGGAAUGGUUUGGAUUGGAAGGGACUCUAAAGACCCUGUCAUUCCAAGCCCUGCCAUGGGUGAGCAGGUUCUGCCCUGUUUCAUCUCAGCGCUGCCCAGAGCUGAGAGUGGGGAGAUCAGCUCUUGCUGAGAAGGACUUUUGCCCACAUACUCCGUGGAAAAUGUCUGUUUUAGCAGUAAAAUAUUAUUUCCCUGAUGCUAAAUCCCAACUGUUAUCCAUGUUUGUGAUGAAAGCAACUUCACAGAGUGUAUUAUUUGACAGCAUGGACCGUGUCCUGCUGUUUGCCAGCAGACAUGAGCUGGCUCACCUUUGGAACCAGUCUGUGGCACAGGAUUUCCUUCCCGGUUUUCCAGAGGGUGAGGCAGCACGGCUGACACAGUCACUUCAGGUUGUUUCUGCUGUUCUUUAAUCAUUGGAACUUUGUCUGCCUUCCAAACCAUCGGGAAAAGGCAGUAGCUCCUGGCUUUUCCCCCUUUAUCCGAGGGAUGGACGACACUGAGAGCCAAGGCUGAGCACUAGGGCUAAAAUAUCCACCAGGCAUCUGAGAGAACAGGCCUAGCAGCCAAAUUCUUCACUCACACCUCCCUGGAGUUUCACUCAACAAGGAGAACUUUCUGUAGGAAUGUAGAGAGGAGUUUGUCCCAAAACGAUGACACUCGUGCUGUGGCAGGCAAGGGGUUGCUGGGUGGCAAAAGCACCACGAGGAUUUGGGGGGGCAACUGAAAACACGACAGGAAGGAGGGUUUGAAAUGGGCUCUUUUCUUUUUCCUGUCCCUUUUUCCCUGUGCCAAGCACAGGAAUCAAUACCUGUACUGAAUAUGAGUUUAUUUUAAUAUCAAACCCCUCACUCGACUCCCAUCACCUCUCCCAAGCAUUAACACCACACUAUGUAUAUGAUAAAAGCCUUCAUUUAUAAUAAUAUAUUUAAGUUGCUUUAUAUAUAUAUAUAUAUAUAUAUUCACAAGGGAUUGCCUCUGUGUUUCCACUUUGUGUCCUUAUUUCUUUGUCUCCUUCCCUAAUCUAUGGGAGGAGGGUGUAUUUAGGCUCCCAUAUUCCAGCUGAAAUCAGCUCCCAUAUUUCAGAGCAGGGUGUUGAUUGGUGUCAUGACCACAUGGCUGAUCCGUAGCUUCUCCCAGCGCUGCAUUUCCCACAGCAAACUCUUCUUUUCCAACAGGACCACGAGCGACUAUUUCUGUAAAUAGGUAUUUUCGUGUCGGUAUUUUGUGGUACACAUUGAACUUUUUGUUCUUUUCCAGCCCCAUGGCAUUAUUCCUUCAUUUCCUUAUUUGUAAUGUAAUGUUUUUAGCUCAAGGUAGACUUGAAUUAAUGUCAUAUUUGUCAGUAUUAUUAAACUUUAUGUCAACUGUCCUGUUAACUCAUCUGUCCCAUAGUUUGAGAACAUGACUAGCUAUCUGGCAUUGUUGCAAGUGCCUUAAAUCCAUGGCAUCUUAUAAAAAAAAAAAAUGACAAAUUUGGUGUUAUGCUGCAUGACAAAGACAAACACACCUCAAACUGUCGUCCUUUCUUAGCUUGCUGCGUUUUACAGUUCUUUCUGCGACCGGUUUCUAAGCCUUUAUUAUCUAAAACUGACGAAUUACAGAAAUGAUGAAGUCGUUCUCUUAUUUCUGUUCAAUGUACCAGAGCUGUGUAUCUGUUAAUGAGAUACAGAGUCAUUUCUGUGAAAUGUAUAAAUGUUAUGUGCGGGUCAAAUUCCUCUCUGACAUCCUAGCAGUCCGUAGACAGGUAUUCCUGUUCCGCUGAGCCCUGCAGAUCCCACCCGUCGUGCCGUCCCGUCUUACACGACCCCCCUCGAGGAAUCUCCCACCUGGAAAAAAAUCUACUCGCUGUGAACCCAGCCUGCCUUUUUUUUUUUUUUUUUUUUUUUUUACCCUAAAACCCCGAGGCAAAGGCGCAGCUCGUUUGCACCACUCAACAAAACAGUGCUUUCCCCUCCCCGAUCCCCUCCGUCCUCAGCCACCGCCGGGACGAGCCCUCGGUGCUCCCGCGGAGCUGCCAAGCUGGAAGCUCCUCAUCCGCAGCUCCCCAGCCCUGACACCGAGACUUGGGCGCCUUGAGGGCUUUCUCAGCAAAAGGGGAAAUUCCCUCUCACCCCAACCCCGGCUUAUGCUGGUUUUUACACCAUCCCUUUGGUUUGUAUCCUUAUUUCCCCCAGCUUUCUUCUUCCACGGGAGAGGUUUUGUUUGUCGGACAGAUGUCGGUCACCCCCCGCUCGGUGGCCGCUUGCACUCUUUUGAUGUUGACUGAAGAACUUUGGGUUUUUUUCAUAAACUUUAACUGCUUUUGUUUGGCUCUGUACUUUCCCUGCAGCUGUAAUUGCCGAGUGCCUGUUGUAUACUUUAUAGAGUUGAAAUAAAAAUAAUUACUUUUGAA